AUGCAUAAAAGCCACUCCAGCGGACACUACCUCCCUCAACACCUCCCGCCUCAGCAGCAGACAAUGCCACAAUACGUCGUCUCCAGCUCUUCGCACCAUUCACAGCAAUCGACAAGGUCCUCUCCGCGAUACAGCACCCACCGCUACGCCCAGCCCGUCGCCUACGCCCCCAGCCAGAGGAGCCACAGAUCGCACAGCUCCAGCCGGGCUUAUCCUGCCUACUAUACCGCCGCCGAUGCGGGCUUGAGCCGCCAUCACUCCGCCAACGGUGGCUCCGCGCACCACUACUAUCCGGCGGCACCCACGCAUUCCUCUCAUCACUCACAUAGGUCUGGCUCGGCCUCUGGAUAUCGCCGCUCCGGCUCGCAGCCACGCGCUCCUGUAUACUAUACCCCCAGCAAUGUGCACCACGGGCACGCCACCACCAAGAGGAGCUCGUCUUCUGGGCCAUAUAUCGAUGCUCGAAGCCACCGGUAUCCUUCGGUGCAGCCGCCUGACAGGAACCAUCGCCCUCGUUCUCACAGCGUAGAACGUUACAACGAGCACCCUACUUUCAGCGAUAAGAUGCGCCGUCUCUUUGGGCUCGGCCCCCCUGCGGACGAGCGUCAAUCACGCUCUCGUGACCGAUAUGGAGAUCCUGGACACAGUGGUCGCAGCACUCAGAGAUCCUUUAGCCGACAACGCAAAGGCUACGAGAAUCGUGACUUGGGCCACGGAGGAAUUUACACCGUUUGAGCACUCUUUUCGCGAUUGAUCGGGAUUGACAAAGUACCUUCGACUGCAAUGUUUCACUUUCAUUGCG